GUUUUGGGAGGGGUUUAAGCUGGAAGGGUCGUCAUUGGUCCAGCCGUUCAGGCUCGGCCUGAGCCCGCCCCGCUCGGAUGCCGAGGUUGCAGGCCUGGCCCGUCAGGCCCGCCCGCCCGCCUGCUGGCUGACAGCGCGACUCAGGGCGGAGGGAAGUAGGUCCGUUGGUCGGUCGGGAGCCGGCGGCCAGGCCCGCACGGAGCCGUUGCCAUGGCAGCCGCCGCUGGGGACGCGGACGACGAGCCACGCUCGGGCCACUCGAGCUCAGAGGGCGAGUGCGCGGUGGCGCCGGAGCCGCUGACGGGCGCUGAGGGCCUCUUCUCCUUCGCCGACUUCGGGUCUGCGCUGGGCGGCGGCGCGGGCCUCUCGGGCCGGGCGUCCGGCGGGGCCCAGUCGCCGCUGCGCUACCUGCACGUCCUGUGGCAGCAGGAUGCGGAGCCGCGCGACGAGCUGCGCUGCAAGAUCCCCGCCGGCCGGCUGAGGCGCGCCGCCAGGCCCCACCGCCGGCUGGGGCCCACCGGCAAGGAGGCCCACGCUCUGAAGAGACUGAGGGACUCGGCCAAUGCCAACGAUGUGGAAACAGUGCAGCAGCUGCUGGAAGAUGGCGCAGAUCCCUGUGCAGCUGAUGACAAGGGCCGCACAGCUCUACACUUUGCCUCCUGCAAUGGCAAUGACCAGAUUGUGAAGCUGCUCCUGGACCACGGGGCUGAUCCCAACCAGCGAGAUGGGCUGGGGAACACACCACUGCACCUGGCGGCCUGCACCAACCACGUCCCUGUCAUCACCACACUGCUACGCGGAGGGGCCCGUGUGGAUGCCCUGGAUCGAGCUGGCCGCACAUCCCUGCACCUGGCCAAGUCGAAACUGAACAUCCUGCAGGAGGGCCAUGCCCAGUGCCUGGAGACUGUGCGGCUGGAGGUGAAGCAGAUCAUCCAUAUGCUGAGGGAGUACCUGAACCGCCUAGGACGGCACGAGCAGCGAGAACAGCUGGACGACCUGUGUACCCACCUCCAGAUGACCACUACCAAAGAGCAGGUGGAUGAAGUGACUGACCUCCUGGCCAGCUUCACCUCCCUCAGUCUGCAGAUGCAGAGCAUGGAGAAGAGGUAGCAAGAGCAGCUCCCUGCCUUUCUGCCACUGCCCUGCCCCUGCCCCACCGCUCUCUCAGUACCAAGAAAAAGGCUGACAUCCGGGACUUGGAGCUGCACUUGUCUGGUGAGGACCUUUCCCUCACCUGCAGAUGCAGUGGGGCAGAGAUGCUCUCUCCAUGGCCUCAGAGCUGCUCCAGUCCCAGUCUCCAGCAUCUCUGUGGACAGGGACCACAGCUCCCAGCUUCUUCCAGUUCCCGCAGCACCAGACCAGCCUCUGCAGCUACACUUCAGCUCUGCAGACCUCACUUGCCCCAUGGCCUUCAUGGCACCCUCCAGGCCUCAGACCCUUCUCUGUUCCAUCCCAGCUACAGGCUUGUUGCAGUCAGCAGGUGUGGACUUAGGCAGGCACCCUCUGGCCACGGGAACUGGGUAGGCCCCUUAGCUGGUCCUGUGACACUCACCAGCAUUUAGACACGUCACCAGACUUCCUUUUCUUUUUUUUUUGAGACAGUUUCGCUCUGUCACCCAGGCUGGAGUGUGGUAUUGCGAUCUCAG